AUGCCUCAGAAUAUCACGGAGGAUAUUAUUCAUGCGUUUGAUAACCGCACCCAACGUUCCCUUCGCGAACUUCUUAGCACUCAACGCGCAUAUACGGCGGAGCCCAACGUGCAAAACCAUGGGGCAUUCGCUUUGGCCAUAGCAGAAGCCCGACGACUACUACUAUUUAGCGACAGCCUGCACCUGAAGCUCAGGAAACAGCAGCAGCAGAGUAAGAGGAAGAGGCGGCAUCAGGAACAGACCGCAGAUCUCCCAUCCGAACUGCCGCACUCUACCUCUGCCCUUGAACCCCUUAGCUCAUCCGGGGACGUGACCAUCCCUGACAUCCCCUCCGCGUUGCUCCUACAGCUUGACGAGCGUCGGCAGGAGCUGCGGCGUCGUCUCUCGCACUCCGUGAGCCUUCUCGAAGAGGCCCGCCACGAGCCCGGCGAUCCCCAUCGAACGGCCGGGCCGCCUACCGAUGACGUGGGUGCGGCCGACGCGGCGGCCUCCCUCCGUUCCCUUCUUCACACCCGCACGAUGCUCUUGACGGAGCUGCAGAAGGUGGAGUCUACCGUGCAGCAGCUCGCGACCAGCUCCGAGACGCUCGGCCUGGUGCAGCAUUCCCUUCGUGAGGUCCACGCGGGGAUGGCCCAGGCCCAGCAGCUCGUGCGACGUCUGCUCGCGGUACAGUCGAGGGAUGACCUGCUACUAAGGCUGUCUGUCGUGGUGUUUGUGACAGUGGUGGGGUACAUUCUACUGCAACGAGUGGGACGUUUCUUCCCUGUUGUGGAGUAUGUCACAGUAGUGUAG